GCUGUGAGUGAUUCACUUUGCACGUGAUCCAUUCCUGGUACAUAAGUAGCGCUUUCUCAUGGAAAUGAGCUGCUACAAUUUUAUUCGAGAAUCUGUAACAAGGAAUUAUCAAAUAACGCAGUUUUUAUUGGAUUGGAGAGUAUAAAUCACAUUACCAUUUCUUCGAUUUCACUUCACAGUGUCAUGGAUUUUGAUAAUGUGACGCUGAACGAUACCGAAUACGAAGUGUACAAUUACACCGAGACAUACAAUUUCACGGCAGAGACCUGUGAGCAGUUGCUGCGCGCUCUGGGCGAAUGGAAUAUCAGUGUGGAGGAAAUCAUAACGCAGAAAGCGGAUUAUUUUAAGCGGGAUACUUGCCAGCGACCGCUACUUAAUAUUGCGCUAAUCAGUGAGCACCCGGUGAAAUAUGCGUAUCUUGCCAUUUAUCCUAUUUUGUUGGCAUUAUGCACCAUCGGGAAUCUGCUAACCAUCGCCAUGUUGCGUGAACGUAAUGUACGCUGCAAUAAACGGUCAUCCACGGAUAUUUAUCUGGUUGCUUUGGCCGUUUCCGACAUCUGUGCAGUGUGGAGUCAGUUGCUCGAUUACAGCUCCCUCAUCGACGCCGCCGUUGUUGAUCCGUAUUUUAAAUUUUUCUUGAGCGGAGCCAUUGGCGGAGCAGCGUUUGUUGGCGAAAUAUUUAUUAACUUUUCCGACUGGAUAUUAAUCAGUUUCACGGUUGAGCGGUUGCUUGCCGUUGUGCUGCCGUUGCAGGAUGGGAGGAUCGUCAGCCGUAAAUGCCACGUUUUUACAACCCACAAAAGUGCAAAAACGAUGGGGUGCGGUACAGAAAUAUUUUACGCAUCGUCGCUGUCUGCCUGUUCAAUCAGCGCCAGUUCCGCGCCCUGUGCGUGCAAAGCAGCGCCACCAACGCGGAUGUGGAUGCCGGUAAACUGCUCAGCCAUCCAGAUGCUGUUGGUCGUGGCCCUCUUCUACAUCGUUACCCAGUCGCCCAAGAUCGUUUUCAACCUGUGGAGUUCUCUCAUCGCAUACCCGCUCUGCUACACUCCGCUUUCGGAAAGCCAGCACGCCAUCAUGAUGCGCCUUAGUGACCUUACGUUUAUUACCAAUUAUUCCUGUAAUUUCCUCCUGUAUUAUGGCGUCAGUGAUGCGUUCCGUAACGGAUGCCGGCAACUGUGGCAGUCGCAACCGUUCCGGCGUCUGGACGGGCGGAGCGGCGCGACUACGUGGUCGCCCACGUGGGUGUGCACGCCCACCAGACAUCUGGGUGCGUAUGAUACGCAGCGGGGCGUGACGAGCGGAUUGGAAGCCAUGCAACCGGUGCAAAAGCGUUCACUGGAGUCGUUCAGUUCCAGUAAGACCACGUUCAGUACGGUGAUGUCGCUCAGUGGAAAAUCCUCCAUUGGAAGUAAUAGCAGCGGCGGCAACUGAUGCUACAGCGAACACAAUGUCCGACUUGCUGAAAAUAUGCGAAAAAUUUGUUUGGUGCUAUUAAAUCAAAGGGGACGAGGGGUAAGAAUAUGGAUGGUGCUUUUUUACAGUGUGGGUUGUGUGAUUCACAUUCGGCUGACUUCUACUGUCGUAAUGCUGUUACGCGUUUUUAUUUCAAACUUCAUUUGAACACGUUCGAAGAACA